UUUCAGUACCGCCCUUCUCUGAUGCUCGUCCUACACACAACUUGAAUGGACGACCCGUUUAUUCAACGCUUCCUCGAAAUACGUCUAGGUGGGCGCUACCAGAUAUGUCAGCGUAUAGGUUCAGGCUCGUUUGGAAAAGUGUAUAUGGGGCGCGAUGUUCCUACGGGUGACGUGGUGGCCAUCAAACUCGAGCAUUGUUCGAUCGCACCAUCACUCCUGCGCCAAGAGAUCGAGAUCUAUGAGGAGUUGGCUGGACGACCUGGCAUCCCUCGAGUGUUCUGGCAUGGCUACCACGGUGAUUUCCAGGCGGUGGUGUUUGAACUUUUGGGACCCAAUCUCGAGGACCUCUUUCGGUGGUGUGACAACAAAUUCUCACUCAAGACAACGUUGAUGCUGAUGGAUCAACUCCUCCAUCGGGUUGAAAGUCUCCACGCUGCGGGAUACCUCCAUCGUGACAUCAAGCCUGAAAACUUUCUACUAGGCACCGGUAAGCAGGGCAACAUUGUCUACAUGACCGAUUUUGGACUCGCGGCCUAUCGGAGUGACUCACCCGACCGAACCUUGAGCCACAAGCCGGAAGCCAGCCCUCAGAUUUCCUUGGUCGGCACCUGUCGCUAUGCCGGCAUCAAUGGCCAUUUGAAGGUUGCUCCAUCACGACGUGACGACCUGGAGUCACUAGGGUAUAUGGCCUUGUAUUUUCUUCAUGGAUCCCUUCCUUGGCAAGGUUUGAAGGCCUCCAGCCGGCAGGGAAAAUACAAGCUGGUUUUCGAGCGAAAGAAGACGAUCACGAUAGACGAAUUAUGCCAAGGCUUGCCCGCCGAGUUUGCCACUUACAUGAGCUACAUUCGUGGAUUGAGUGACCAUGACCAGCCUGAUUACAAGUAUCUCCGGACCUUAUUCACUCGCCUUUUUUGCCGCAAAGGUUUCGAAUAUGAUAAUGUGUUCGAUUGGACGAUUCGGGAGUUUGAGAGGCUGUCCGAGGUUGAGCAGCAACGUCCCGAGUCCCCUGCCAAUGUUGUCGGGCGAAAGAUACCACAGCAUCGCGCAGGCAAACGUGACCGAAAGAGGAAGCGUGGAACAAGUCUCAAAGAAUGAUGGUCAGGGUAAGUUGGGGGGUUUCCGAUAUGAAACCCCACUCGGCUUGCUGCAGAUCCUGUCGUGUUGGUCUGUGGCUUGGUCACGCUUACGUCGGGAUGCAUCUUCAAUCAUUGACAGCGAGAGCACGGUGUGCAUGGACGAAGGAGCCCAACCACAUCGAAUAUGUAUCGGGAGCAAGAGGAGCGGCAGGGCUAUCCACAACAACAGGAGGCCGGGCCUCCCACGUUCCCUGAGGGGUGGUCAAGGUAGCGACAUCAUGGGAUGCGGUACAGCAAACAGCUAGUGGCCAAAGCGAGCAGGAAGGCAGGAUUCGACAAAGACUCGCUUCCACCUCCGCCGACCGUGCAGGCACAGAAAGAGCAUUGAAAGCCCGUUAUGUACCCUUCCACCCCUCUCAUACCCCCGUAAGGACAAUGAUUAAAACAUGCUCAAUGGAGCUACCUCGUCGCUAGGAAUAUCAUUCUUCGUUUUUACCAGCGAAGGGGUUCUUCACGAACCACUCAUGCUUCAGGAUGUCUUGAGCUGACAAUCGAUCCCUCGGCAGGUAGCACAUCAUUCUAGUCAGCAGAUCGCCCAGUCGCUUGAUAUCUUCCUUAGCGAAUUCAGCCUCUGUCGCGCUGCCGAAGUAAGUUUCACAAAGCCAGCUUGAAAGUGAGCCUCCAUCGAUAUCAUCCUUACAGUCAGCCACAACUACCUUGGCCUGCUUCCUCCAUUCUUCCGGGACGUCUCCAAACAUUGCAAUCCACUCUAAUACCAAGGGAGCCUUUGCCGGCAUGAAGUUGUCGAAAGGUGGCUGUCCUGUAACAAGCUCGAAAAUCGUACAUGCUAAAGACCAUAUAUCCAUCCGUAGGUCCCACGUCGAAUCCAGCAGCGUCUCUGGAGCUCUGAAAAUCAAUGGGGUACGAACCCUUGCGAGAGACUGGUCGGUCCGGAGGAAUGCUUGCUCAAAAUCGAUGAGUGUCGCGUGUACCUGUCCCGUCAAAUCUGGAAUAGGAAGCGUAGCUGGCUCCACAAUAUGCCGUGGGAAACUUUUGGUAAUCUGGCAACCAGGUCGUGCAUGGAUAUUUGCCAGGACUGGUGGUCCAAGGUGUCUUAAUAAGCCUGGGUCUGAGAACUGUGCCUCCCUUUGCGAAACCAAGAUGUUGCCGGUGUAAAGAUCUUAAUUUCCUUAGACUAAUGACUCUGGCGAAGAAAGAGGACAUCACUCACCACCGUAGGCAAUACCAUUCGAGUGAAGACAG